CUGGACUCGGCGGAGGUCGGCUCAGAGCUGCCUGGCGACUUCGGCUCCCGAGCAAGAUCCUGGGGCUCCGCGGCGACGGCGCUGACUGGAGCACCAUGUUCCUUCGCUCCGUCAGCCUCCGGAACCUGGCGUUCUACGUCUUCAUGGUGCUUCUGGCCACCCUGGGGGUGUGGGACGUGUUCUUCGGCUUCGAGGAGAACAAGUGCAGCAUGAAAAUAGAACUGCCAAAGAAAUUGGCAAAACGCUACCCAGCAUAUGAGUUAUAUCUUUAUGGAGAAGGAUCCUAUGCUGAAGAACACAAAAUUCUCCUAUUGACAGGAAUUCCAGUUCUCUUUCUUCCUGGUAAUGCUGGGAGUUACAAGCAAGUUCGUUCUGUUGGCUCCAUUGCCCUCAGGAAAGCAGAAGACAUUGACUUCAAGUACCACUUUGACUUCUUCAGUGUGAACUUCAAUGAAGAGCUGGUGGCGCUGUACGGCGGAAGCCUUCAAAAGCAGACCAAGUUUGUGCACGAGUGCAUCAAGGCCAUUCUCAAACUUUACAAUGGUCAAGAAUUUGCUCCCAAAAGUGUGGCAAUAAUUGGCCAUUCUAUGGGUGGCCUGGUCGCAAGGGCAUUACUUACGCUGAAAAACUUUAAACAAGAGCUGAUAAACCUCCUCAUCACACAAGCCACGCCCCAUGUUGCUCCCGUGAUGCCGCUGGACCGUUUCAUUACAGAUUUUUACAUGACUGUAAACAACUAUUGGAUUCUAAAUGCUCGACACAUAAAUUUCACUACAGUUUCUGUAGCUGGAGGAUUCCGGGAUUACCAAGUUCGUUCAGGACUAACUUUUCUACCGAAAUUAAGCCAUCAUACCAGUGCCUUAUCUGUUGUGAGUUCAGCUGUGCCUAAGACGUGGGUCUCAACAGACCACCUCUCCAUUGUGUGGUGUAAACAGUUGCAGUUGACCACGAUCCGGGCAUUCUUUGACCUUAUUGAUGCUGAUACUAAACAAAUAACUCAAAAUCCCAAGAAGAAAUUGUCUGUUUUGAAUCACCACUUCAUAAGACACCCAGCAAAACAUUUUGAGGAAAACCCAGCAAUCAUUUCUGACCUAACAGGGACAUCUUUGUGGGUUCCGGUAAAAGUGUCCAGAUGGACCUUUGUGGCUUACAAUUGUGAUUUGUUUUGCAUUAUUAAUCAACAGGAUACGAACAGUUGGAUUUUUGGCUGCAUAAACAGCACUUCUAUGUGCCAGCAAGGGGUUGAUCUGUCCUGGAGAGCUGAACUGCUGCCCACAAUUAAGUCUCUGAUGUUAAGACUUCAGGACUAUCCGUCUUUGUCUCAUCUUGUGGUUUAUGUCCCAUCUGUUCAUGGCAGUAAGUUUGUUGUAAAUUGUGAAUUCUUUAAAAGAGAGACUAGAUCAAUUCAACUUCCUGUAACUCACCUUUUUUCCUUUGGAUUGACCUCAAGGAAAGUGCUAUUGAAUGCAAGUGGCCUGUACUACAAUAUAGAGCUCCUGAACUUUGGGCAGAUAUACCAAGCUUUUAAACUCAACGUGGUAAGCAAGUGCUCAAGAACCAAAGAAGAAAUAACAAGUAUCUAUAAACUUCACAUCCCCUGGUCUUAUGAAGAUUCACUAACUAUUGCACAGGUUCCAUCCUCCACAGAAAUUUCUCUGAAACUGCAUAUCGCACAGCCAGAAGAUGACAACCACGUGGCAUUACUAAAAAUGUACACAUCGUCACACUGUCGGUAUGAGGUGACAGUUAAGACCUCGUUCUCGCAGAUUCUCGGACAGGUAGUGAGACUUCAUGGCGGUGCUCUUCCUGCUUACGUCAUGUCCAACGUCCUUCUCGCUCACGGAGGACAGCUGUACUCUCUCUUCUCCACAGGUUAUUGUUUAGAAUAUGCUGCCGUAUUGGAUAAAGAAGCCAAGCCAUACAAAGUUGACCCUUUUGUAAUUAUGAUUAAGUUUUUAUUGGGGUAUAAGUGGUUUAAGGAAUUGUGGGACUUACUGUUGUUGCCUGAAUUAGAUGCCAUCGUUUUAACAAGUCAGAGCAUGUGUUUCCCCGCUAUAUCCUUGCUUUUCUUUCUGUUUGGAACAUGUACUGCCAACUGGAGUGGCCUGCUCUCCUGCGCAUCUGUGAGACUACUUUCUUCCUUGUGGCUAGCUUUAAAAAGACCCUCUGAACUUCCUAAAGACGUCAAGAUCCUGUCACCAGAGGUGCCCUUCCUGACGGUCGCUCUGCUGGUCGUGAGCUGGACCACCUGUGGCGCAUUUGCCAUCCUGCUUUCCUUUGUCUGCUACACGUACAAGGUUGUUCAUCUACAAGCAAGCCUAACACAUUUUAAAAGUAGCCAGUCUGUGAAUACCAAACACUCAAGAAGAAGUGAAAAAAAACCCAACCUCGGUGCAGACUCUGCGGCGCCCCUGCCUCGGGUGUCGGCGGCAGACGCGGAGGACAGUCUGCGCAUGCACACUGCGCUGCUCACCCUGCUGGGCUGGGUCGUCCUGCUCAGCACGCCGUCGCUGGUUUACUGGUUGAAGAACCUCCGGUAUUAUUUUAAACUUAAUCCUGAUCCAUGUAAACCUUUGGCAUUUAUACUUAUUCCAACCAUGGCAGUUCUCGGAAAUACUUAUACGGUUUCAAUAAAAUCAAGUAAGCUGCUGAAGACUGCCUCCCAGUUGGCGCCCCCCCUGGCUGUCGGCGUGAUCGCCUUCGGGUCAACACACUUGUACAGGAUCCCGGCCUUCGCCUUCAUUCCUGUUGUGCUCCACGCCUUGUGCAACGUGAUGUGAGAGGGACGCCUGAGGGCUGGGCACGGCGGACACAGGCUCCCCGCGUGGACGGCCACGUCUAUUGUUACAAUGUUGAGAGCGGGAUUUAGUUUUGUACUGCCUGAGGAGAGGGGGUGAGGCAUGGUUUUGCUCUGGGGGGCAUCCGCGUGCGCCAUCUGGGCCCGGUGGAGGGGAGGCAGCCUGGUGCCCGAGGACAUCUGUGCACCCGCGUGCCGGACACUCAGCAGGCACCGGGCCGCUGUCACCUCCCAUCCAGCGUUCACCUGUUUUGUCACCUUCUGAAAAGUGACUUGUUUUCUAUUUGCUGUCGUUUACAUACUAUAAGAUGGAUUUUCAGAGGGUGAUGAAACUCACAACUAUUUGCUUUCUCAGAAGUGAAACAGCCACAGAGUCUUUGGUCUCUUUGGCCAUUAUGAUGAACAAAGUGGGCUUCUGCCUUGUACGUACAUGAGAGCUUUGAAUUACAAGAAGACGUGUUUUUGAUAAGCACUGUAAGCUCAGUGAGUGGAAACAUGAUUCACAUUCAGAAUAGGGAAGUUUUCUUGUUAUUCUCAAAUAUGAAUUGUGUCUGUUAAAUUUAAAGACUAUUCUCCCAGGUAUUACUGUCGUUAGAGUAGUUCAUUUUUGUUGAUUCAAUUCAUUGUCCCAAUGAUUGCUGAAAUUUCUUCAGGUGAGGCUAGAUUGCUAACUAAAUUUCAAUAAUUGGCAGAAACUAAGUUUGCACCUUUCUGUCUACUGUGGAAAAAACAUGACCAAGAGUAGCUUCAGCUUCAUAUCCGGUGCAUAAAUGUAAACUCCUGGGGAACAGUAAGUGCAGCAUAAAUAUAAAGGCACAUCUGCGGAAACGGGGGACUGUAGCCACAGGAUUUAACGGUGAAGGCUUGAGGGUCCGUAAAGGAGGGAAUAACAUUUCCACGUAAUUUCAGAUUUCACUUCCUGCUCAGCUAGAAAACAGCACAGAGUUAAGGGAGCAGGGCGGAAGAAUGUACGCACUCUGCCUUAAGAGAGUGAAUUCAGCCUGAGGAGCGCCUGGCUCUUCGAGCUCCUUUGAGGUAUGGGUACUUUCGUGUCCAAAACCUCUCACGGAAUGUCCUCCAGUGAGCUGUGUCCCUUGUGGCACUGGGGAUUGGGGAUGUCCCAGAGCAGUGAUGGCGAACCUUUCAGGGCUCUUGAUAACACAAACAGCCGGCUGUGGCACAGGUGCCAUAGGUUCGCCAUCGCUGUCCUAGAGGAUCAGUCCCUUCUGUCUGCUGAGCCUCUGGGUCCAGAGCUCUGUCUGGCAGUUGCUGCCUUGAGGUUCCUCCCACUCCCCUGCCUGUGGCUUUGCACCUUGUUCCCUCCUAGUUUCCCCACCACCACUAUGCUGUUUUGCCACUAGUCACAGAGGGUCUCGCUGGUCUACACGAAUGUAUUCUGGCAUCGUGCUUAUUGUUCAGGGUGUGUACUGUUGCUUCCCGAGACCCUUGAAGGGCGAUAACCUGAUGGUGGCAGGGACAGGCUCAGCAGGCUGGUGUCCACUGGAGAGCAGGAGUAAAGGGAAUGAGCUUCACAGUGCUUAUGUGUUCAGCAUCCAAGAGGAAGAAGAGUUUAUUAGAUCUCACACUUGCCAUGGACACUGGGUGUGCAUUUAAAGAGGGACACAUCUGCCUGAAGUUGGCAGUACACACAAAACAGCUUCUACACGUGGGGCAUCUUUUGUUUUGCCUCUGGUACUCUGUACCCCAAGUGUAGGUUAAACGUGUUGUUUAACUCUUUCUGAAUUUGAACUUGGGUCCAUUACAGAAAAACUGGGACUGGGGAUUUAGCUCAGCAAUGCCGCUGCCUGCCUCACAAGUGCAAGGGCCCGAGCAGACCAGGCACACUAAUUCUCACUAAAAUAUUUUUGUGUGAAUAUACUUAUCACCAAGACCUCAGGUCAUAUUUAUGCCAACAGAAUAUUUUGUUUAAACACUAUAAAAUGGAUUGUAAUUAAUAUUUUAUGAGUGGUAAUACAGUACAUUUUUAGCUGUUACACACAGCAGAUAAAUCAGUUGGCCUACAUUUCUGUGUUAGGCAUGAGGUCUAAGUUAGGGUGGUAAUGUCUUCUUGCAUUAUUAUGUGGGCUAGUGCAAAACUUUAUCAUGCUGCAUUUGAAAUUUUAUGCACUGCUUGUUAAAAUCAUUUGGGAAAAUUUCAGAAACGUGUUGGGACUUUCUGUGACCAGGCAUCUGUUAUUAUCAGACUAGUUUUCAUGUUCCCGGUGUGUAGGGUUUGUAAGCUUGGAUAUCAUAGGAAACAAGAUACUCUGUGAUGUUCAUUACGAGGAAAACCAAUUUGGAGAGUCCAGCAUUGAGCAGAAGUGUCUGUAGUAGGAAAUUAGACCCUGCCAAGGGUCUUCCUUACCAAGUAAGUGUCAGUUGAGUAGGAACUUUUAUAGAAUCAUAAGAUGAUUACAAGCUAAUAUUUUAUCCUGGGGUUUUUUGUUUGGUUGGUUUUGGUUUUGGUUUUUUGAGACAAGGUCUCACUAUGCAAUUCA